AUGCAGAGUAUUCCCGCCAAUGACAUACAUCUCCCAGCUGAGGUAGUGGUGAUGGUUUGUUCUUUCCUAUGGAAGGAAGACCAACUUAAUACAAGAUUGGUGUCUGGCAAGCUUCAUUACGCGGCAACAAUUGAAGCCUUUAGAUCCCUCAGGCUCAAGCCUGACGGCGAUACGCCUUCACAGUUCAGAGCAAUUGCACUGUCAGAUAAACUGCGGACUUUUGUCAAGGAGGUGACGAUUGACACGGAGCUGGAUCCAGGCAUUCCGUAUGUUUCCGACGCACAAGACUUUGCUGUUUGCCAGAACUUUCUUCAGUUUCUUCCUUUUCUAGGGUUGUUUAGCAAUCUCAAGCAUCUACAUCUUCGCUUCAGCCGGUCGUCCAAUUCACGAGUCAACAACGUAGAGGAGGGGUGGUACUACCGUUACAUGGUCUUGGACAUUAUUUCGCACUCCGUGACUGGGGUGUGGACACCGGAGGAACGAAAAAGGAUCUAUGAUACAGUGCCACAGCACGGGGAGCAAAUGUGCACAAACACACACGAUGCAUCAAUCGUACAAGGAAACUCGCUACAGAUCAAGGAGCUUACCAUUUCACAUCUCGCUGACUACAACGACCCCAGACUCAUUCAGUCCAAGGCCUGGAACAAGCUGCUCCGGCUGCCAACCCUCACCGAUCUGAAACUGCUCGUGGGAGAAGAUCAUUGCAGUAACGGAACUCGCCUCUCUGCCUGGCGGUCCGAAUUCUUUACCGCUUUGCCAUCACAGUGGCUUACCCCUGAUGUAGUCCAGAAACUACAGGUAUUAUCAUUGUUCUAUACCGACUACUGGGGAUGGUUUCCGAAAAUGGACUUAGACCAACUUGGCGACUUGCCAUCCCUCAAGGUUUUGGCUCUCGGGCGCUAUGUCUUUACCGAUAAGAAACAAACAGACUGGAUCGCGUCUCUGGGGAAAAACAAUAAGAGCGGUGGGCUGGAAGAGCUUUAUCUUGAUGAGUCUUGUAUCUUGUAUGAAGCUAAUCAGUAUAAGACUUUCACAGAUGAUCCAUAUCCACUUCCAUUCGCCAACAAUCCACUUUCAUUCGCUAACAUAAUCGCAAACAUAAACUUGGAUGCCGACAUGGAACUUACCGAGUACGGCAGACGCUGGCAUCACGUGCUGUCAGAUUGGACAGCAAGUAUGAAAGGUCUCAAGAAAUUUGUCAUGGGAGUUGGAGACUUGGGCUGCCCGUCUCGCACUAUAAAGUCUUUCUGCCCACGGAGUUCGGUCAGCGAGACCAUGUUGGUUGCGGGCGACCCGCCAGAGUGGUAUUUCGGGCACAAUCGCCACAGGUUCUUUGCUGAUCCUGAACCAAAGGACUGUAUCGUAGACCUCGUCGACGCCUAUCGGGCACGCCGUAAAGCAUCGAGGGCGCUGCCAAUGGGAAACUACUUGUUGGGUGCGGGAUUGAUACAGACUCGAAGAGCACGGAUGAAAUACGCUGGGUAUAACAUUCAAUUCGCAUACGGUUGGUUUAUGAGGGGCGACGGUCGUGCUUGGGCACCUGAAGAAGGGACUGUCGAGUUUGACGAUGCUGCUUACGCAUUGCUUAUGGAGACUAUCCGAGAUAGACUCAGAUCAUAG